AUGAUGGAUUCCGACACUGCCUCAAUGGAAACAAAACGCCUUAUCCUCAAAGCAAUCAACGAUUUGCAGCGGGCUCCGCAUCCUGAGUUAACACGUGGCGGCGCAGUCCGGGAAAUUUCCGAGAAGGUCUUUUCGCGCCGUAAAAUUAACGCCGGCACAGCCCUCCUGGUCCAAGUGCAAACCAGAUCUCUACCCGCAUUGCGGCGGCAGCUCUCCGGUUUAGUGGAAUCAUUAGACAUGAACACUCCAGAAAACGAGCACAAACCAAAACUCACUGAUGCCCUCGAGUUCGCCAAUCAACUCGGCCCCACCCUCGAUCUACUCGAAAAUUCUAUCGCUUCCCUCGCUCCCGCUAUCAUAUCGGGUACACUUGAACUUUCCUGCAAGAUAGACCAUGAGUACGGUCUCUUGAAGAGAUACAAGUGUAUUGAUCUUUUCCAGAAAUUUGUGCACUUCACAUUCCAGGUAUCCCGCGACUUGUUUCACACUUAUUGGGUCUAUUUCCAACGUUGUGUUUCCAACCCAGGUCGUCUGACCUCCCCAGAUGAUGAUUAUAUAAAUUCCCUCCGAGGUGAAAUAUUUGCACGCACUGUUGAAGCCUGCCGAAAUAUUGAUGUCAUGAUCCAAUCGUCCAAACAAUCCGAUAUUAGCAUUCUCCGACAGUGGUGGCAGGAACAUGUCGACCUUCUUAGUGCCCGUCUCAGCAACUUAACCCGGCACAUUGAUUACUCAGUCAGAUUAAGCGAAGCCGAAUCAGCUGAACAGGAUGCACGCAGAAACAACCCAGGAAAUCGGUCUGACUUCCAACCUUCAAAUGACGAUGACUCAGUCUCCGAAACCUUUUCAGAGGAAAUCAGACGUCUGGUGAACCCAGCGUGGGGUGUACCCCCAGACUACCAACGAAAUAACCCGGACGGAGACGGAGAUGAUCAAUCUGACUUUGAAACUCACUCCCCCACCUCAUCACAGGAGGAAGUACGUCUAAACCUGGAUCUGCUGCCACAUAUCCGACGUACUAUGCCACUUCUCAAGUUAGGUAGAAUAUUCUUCAGGAACUUGUUGAACAUCGCCACAGGCAAGACGCCACUGACGCUCAGUACUAGCAUAUGUUCAUAUGAUAUGGCGUGUUUGAAAAUUCAAACGGGUAUAUUUUGUACCUCUAUUUUGAAAAUUGUGGGAACCACCUACCGUGCUGAAGAUGAAGAGGACCUUCAACACCAAAUGCAAGACAUCUCGCGUUGGAGCAAGGAACUAUUACAUGAGUUCGACUCCUCUUUGAUGCUCUUAGCAUUUUUUCUUGCUCCUGACCCUUCCCGAAUCGAUCAUCCUCUCCCUGGUGAUCCGUUCAGAUCUUUGUUUCUUGAAUUGCGAUGUCAACUCGACUUGUGUAGAACAACUGUUGGCGGCUGAUAGAAAAAUUUGUUAAGAUAACUUAAACGCACUUGUUUAGACUAGCUAUUAUAUGUGCAAAUCUAACAAUCGGCAAUCAAAGCUCCCUACCCACCCCCGUUUAUUCUUCUU